AUCGAAGCGGACGCGUUUGCGUAGGGUUCAAGUUGCGACGUUUGUUGAGUUAUUGACGAUCGGUGAUCGGGAGGAAGAGGUCGCAUUCCAAGGAGGGAGGAGAAUUGGAGAGCACGUCGAUCGAUAGAUCGAUCGAUCGAGGGACCGCUCGUGUGGAAGAUAGCAGAUUCGCGAGGCUCGAAGCGGGCAAGAUGAUCGAGGUGGUGCUGAACGACAGGCUGGGCAAGAAGGUGCGCGUGAAGUGCAACGAGGAUGAUACCAUCGGGGAUUUGAAAAAGCUCGUUGCAGCGCAGACCGGGACCCGCGCUGAGAAGAUUCGGAUUCAAAAGUGGUACAUCAUCUACAAGGAUCACAUUACGCUUGCCGAUUAUGAAAUUCAUGACGGCAUGGGGUUGGAGCUCUACUACAACUGAGAAGGCCUCCGAUGGCUUCUGGUCUUGACUAUUCAAGAUGGAAAUUACACAACAAACGUUGCUACAACAAAUGAAUCUACUGCCUUGAGAUCUGUCAGGUGAUUUUGCUUGUCAGGCUUCGCGGAGGGCAGUUGUUUUUGGUUCGCCAAUCGGUUCGAACUGGACUACACAACGCUUUUAGGAGCUUUUUUCUCUCUGAAGAAAGACAGUGUUAACGACAAGUUUGAUAUUUUGUACAUAAAUAUGCCCCAGGCAACAUAACGGUAAUAAAAAAAUCUUUUCUCGC